GCUCCUACUCUGGUUCACAAUGAGGCACUUUCUCUUUCUGUGGCUUGAUCUGAGGGGAAUUCUGCUCUUUAUUUUCACCGUUCUCCUGGUAGUGUAUUUUCUGGUAAAAAAGGAUCCACCUAACUUUCCCCCGGGACCACUAGCUCUCCCUCUUUUAGGAAACGUCUUCAGCAUUGAACCUAAACAGCCUCACAUUUACCUAACCAAGCUUGCUGAUGUUUAUGGGAAUGUGUUCUGCAUACGUCUGGGGAGACACAAAACAGUGUUUGUGUCUGGCUGGAGGAUGGUGAAGGAAGCCUUAGUGACACAGGCUGAAAACUUUGUGGAUCGGCCUCACAGCCCAAUGGUGAACAGAAUUUAUUCAGGGAACUCAGCUGGUCUAUUCUUCAGUAAUGGGAAGGUGUGGAGGAGACAGCGGCGCUUUGCCAUGGCCAUGUUACGCACCUUUGGUUUGGCCAAGAGCUCCAUGGAGCAGAGCAUCUGUGAGGAGAGUCGACAUCUACAAGAGGCGAUGGAGAAGGAGAAAGGUGAGCCAUUUGACCCUGUGCCCCUCUUAAACAACGCCGUGGCCAACAUCAUCUGCCAGAUAGUGUUUGGGAAACGGUUUGACUACAGCGAUCACAACUUCCAGAGCAUGCUGAAGAAUCUGACUGAGAUGGCCUAUUUGGAAGGAUCCAUAUGGGCCCUUUUUUACGAUGCGUUCCCAGCGUUGAUGAAACACCUGCCAGGGCCUCACAACGGCAUCUUCACCAACUCCAAAUCUUUAGAGGCGUCUAUCAGGAGAGAGAUUGAGAGGCACAAGUUGGACCUGGACCCCAGCAACCCGCGGGAUUACAUUGACACCUUCCUGAUAGAACAUAACAGACGCAGUGAACAGGGCUUUGAGGAAGGAAACCUGGUUCUGUGUUGUCUGGAUCUGUUCCUGGCUGGCAGUGAAACCACUUCAAAGACUCUGCAAUGGGGCCUCAUCUACCUCAUCAAGAACCCUCAUAUCCAAGACAAAGUCCAGGCAGAGGUAGACCGAGUGAUCGGACAGACACGCCAGCCCACCAUGGCCGACAGACCCAACCUGCCUUACACCGACGCUGUCAUCCAUGAGAUCCAGAGGAUGGGAAAUAUUGUUCCUCUCAAUGGAUUCAGAAUGGCUGCCAAAGACACAACACUGGGCGGUUACUUCAUACCCAAGGGAACUUCUGUGAUGCCAAACCUGACCUCCGUGCUGUUUGACAAGACUCAAUGGGAGACUCCAGACACCUUCAACCCCGGACACUUCCUAGAUGCUGAGGGAAAGUUUGUGAGGAGGGAUGCAUUUUUACCUUUCUCCGCAGGGAAGCGUGCGUGUCUGGGAGAGGGCCUGGCGAGAACGGAGUUGUUCUUGUUUUUCGUCAGUUUGUUUCAGAAAUUUUGUUUUUCCACUCUGGACGGAGUUGAGCUGAGUACAGAGGGAAUCAUCGGAGCCACGCGCACACCGUACCCCUUUAAGAUCUACGCCAAGGCCCGCUGAACCCCGUCACCUCUCCCCUCCUGCAGACCAUAUGCUACAGUAGAUAGACAGUAAAGAGCAUGUGUGUGAAACACUGGAGCUGAUAAUGCAGGAACAAGGAAAUGUUUCAUAAAAUAGGUUAUGAAGGGGAACUAUUACCUGCUUUUUUGUUUCAUCACAUCACACAAUCAAAUAAUGUGGGACAGUGUGAUGAAAUACCCUUAGACUGAACAUCAUUGUGUAACCACCAAGCAGCAGCCAAACCCUGCCUCUUUUGUUAAUGACAAAUUCAACAAAUAUGAUGUCAUGUCUAUUAUUUGCCACAAACUUUCAGUUGGACUGCUGCCCACUACAAAAAUAAAUCUCUUAAAGAAAGCACAGAUUUUUUCCUUUUAGUC